GAGAAAAAAGAAAAAAGAAAAAAAAGGAAUAGAUUUUAUUUAGAAAAUGUAGAAAUUAACCCCAAAACUACCAGCCCUAGUUCGUCCUCCCUCCCUGUCUCCUCCCUGUCUCUCGACUCUCUCUCUCUCUCCCCUCUCGACUCCGCCGCCGGCGCCGCUGCCCCACGCCGGCCCGUCGCCGCCCAUCCUCGCUGCUGCCCCGCGCCCUAGUUCUUCUCUGUUCGAUUGGUCGAGCCCUAGUUCUUCUCUGUUCGGUACAACGCAGCCGUCGCCAUCUCAGGGAGACCGGCGAGCUACGCGACCUAGAGCCCGCCCAUCGUUGCUGGUGGUCCGAGGAUCGGCGAGCCGAUGGUGUUCUACGGCCGGUUCUCUUCUCAACUCUACAUAAUCGAGGCAGGAAAGGGGGAAAGCCCUAAUUCUCUGAUUUGCAAUCGAGAGCGGAUGAGGUUGAUAAUUCUCCGACCUAAAGCCCUUCUCCCUCUCUCUACCUCCUCUCUGUGCCGCCUUUGUCUCCGGCAAGCAGCCGCUAGCCGCCACCUUCUCCAGCCUGGCGUCGCCCCCCAUCCCCAUCACCUCUCUUUCGCUUCCACCACCACGAGCAACCUCCGUCGUCGGCUCAGCGCCCACCACCGCUCCAAUCGCACCACCACUGCCCCUGGCCUCUGACUCCGACAACAGUCGCCCUCAUUCUUCAGGGAAAGAGAGGUAUUGAAAAGCAGCCUUUUCAACUUCCUGAUUUCAUUGCUGCCACAGGAAUCGAGAAAAUCAGACAAGUUCUUCAUGAUGCCUUCUUCAAACAUCAGACUAAGCCGAAAUUGACAAAUCACGGUGAUUUGUAUCAUGAGGGGAAGGAAUUUGAGGUGAAACUGCGAGAAAUGAAGCCAGGGACAUUGUCACAUGAGUUAAAAGAGGCUCUAGGCAUGCCUGAUGGUGCCCCCCCCACCAUGGCUCAUCAAUAUGCAGAGAUAUGGUCCUCCACCUUCUUAUCCUCAUUUAAAAAUCCCUGGCCUUAAUGCACCAAUCCCCGCUGGAGCUAAAUUUGGCUAUGGGCAUGGAGAAUGGGGCAAACCACCUGUUGAUGAAUAUGGACGUCCCCUCUAUGGAGAUGUUUUCGGCUUUGUGCAACAAGAACAGCCCAAUUAUGAGGAAGAACCAGUUGAUAAGACUAAGCACUGGGGUGACUUGGAGGAGGAGGAGGAGGAAGAGGAAGAGGAAGAAGAAGAAGAGGAGGAGGAGGAACAGAUGGCAGAAGAGGAACUUGAAGAGGGCAUUCAGUCUGUUGACAGCCUUUCAAGCACUCCUACUGGCGUUGAAACCCCUGAUGUUAUUGAUCUUCGAAAGCAGCAGAGGAAGGAACCUGAUAGGCCUCUCUACCAAGUAAUUAUUUUUCUUUUUUCCUUACAUUGUUACACCUUAUUUUGAAGGUUUCUAGAUGAAAAAUCUUUCCAUUUCAGGUAGCUUCUUUGCUUGAUUAUGUAUUUCUUUCUACAUUUUAUGCCUGCUGGAUUAUAGAUUCAUUUCAGGUUCAAGAGAUUCUGCCUGAAGUAUAAAGGUUACAAGUCUAUUGGUGCUAGAAACAUUGUAUGAUAGAUUUUUGUUUUAGCUAUAAGGUUGUUGGUAUUUUCAAUUUUGAAUCGGAAUAUGCAAUGAUGAUGUAUACUUGAUAUUUGGUUCAUUUGUAUAAUAAUGUAUGAAUUUCUUGGAUGAUAUAUAAUAUUGUUAUCGUUGAUUUUA